CAAACAAAAAAAGUCUUUCUUUUGUGUAUAAAAACUUGUCAAUAUGAAGGACACCACUCUCCCUGAAAACGUCGAACUCUUACGUACCCGUGUUGUUGUCGAAAAAGACAGAGUGUAUAGCGUCAGUGGAAGUGACUAUCCCAACCAAUAUCCUGGUAUUAGUAACGCUUUUGACCUUGAAGAAUUCAAAAAGAAUUUCAAAGUAAAGAUCCAAAGAUUAUCCAAACACAGUGUUGAAUUUGACUUGAUUGGUAUUGAUGCUUCUAUUGCCAAUGCUUUUCGUCGUAUUAUGAUCGCUGAGGUCCCCACCAUGGCCAUUGAAAAAGUAUAUGUGAUGAACAAUACUUCUAUUAUCCAAGAUGAAGUAGUUGCCCAUCGUUUAGGUUUAAUUCCUAUCAAAGCCGAUCCUCUUGAAUUCGAUUACAUGACUGAAGAUGGUGGUCCUACUGACCUUAAUACACUUGUCUUUAAAUUGAAAAAGAAGUGUGAAUUGAACCCUGAAGCUGAUGCUGAUGAAACUGACCCCAAGAAGAAAUACAUCAACAGUUAUGUCUAUUCGAGUGACUUGAUUUGGGAACCCAAGGGUAACCAAGAAGAGAAGUUUGCCAAUAAUCCACCUAGACCUGUUCACGACGAUAUUGUAAUUGCCAAAUUGAGACCUGGACAAGAAAUGGAAAUGGAAUUACAUUGUCAAAAGGGUGUUGGUAAAGAACAUGCCAAAUGGUCUCCUGUUGCCACAGCAUCUUAUCGUCUUUUACCCGAAAUUACCAUCUUGGAACCUAUUACAGGUGAAGAUGCUGAGGAUUUCAAGAAAUGUUUUGUUGAUGGUGUUGUUCAAGUUGUCAUGGAAAAUGGUGUAAAGACUGCCAAGGUAGUCAAUCCUCGUAAAGAUACAGUCAGUAGAGAAGUUUUACGACAUGAAAAGUUCAAUGGCAAGGUUCGCUUGACCCGUGUUCGUGAUCAUUUUAUCUUCAAUGUGGAAACUUCUGGUAUUAUUCCUGCUGAACAAAUUUUCCUUUCAGCACUUGAUGUAUUUAUGGAUAAGAUUAAAGAUAUUCAACCUCUCGUUGACCGUGUUGUUUCUAAUGAUGUCUAAACAAAGCCAUCCUUACAUAUACACAAAAGAACGCAUUCAUUUACAUAUUCACCCCCACACUUUACAUGUUUUAUAGAGUCACGCAGAAAAAACUAUUGGAUGUCUUUUAAUGAUUUUCAAAAUCAAAUAAAAAUUGCAUGCUUUCCAUCCUUGAAUAAA